CAAACAAACAAUCAAUUCAAUUACAAACGCACGCCUUGAAGUUUCGAUCUCCAGCUGAAAAUCCGACUUUGCCCUUCGCGAUCUUCAAAUCCUGCCACCUGAGCAUCGACCCCCCUACGUCUAUUGUCAUCAACACUUACCUUCACCAUGUCAGGUUACGGUUACGGUCCUCCACCUCCGCCACCGCCGCCUUCUUCUGGUGGAACUUCAAGUUAUGGGCCACAAGCUCCAUCAUACCCUCAACAUGGCCAAGGUCGAGGAGGGCAUCAUGGACGAGGACGCGGUGGCCAUUACAAUGGCGGCCGUGGAGACUACCAUGGCUCCCCUCAAGGUCAUUAUGAAUACAAUGGCCAGCCAUAUCCUCCCCAUCACAACCCUCCCCCCUACGGCGCCGCGCAUCCCCCUGCAGGAAGCUACCCUCCGCAGCCUCAAUGGGGACCAGAGCAUGGGCAUCCUCCUCAUGGGCAUCCGCAAGGUUCUAUGCCUCCAAGCAAUUACCAUCCCAACUAUCCUGCCCAGCCAUACCCUCCCUCUCAAUACCCUCAACAGCCACCUUACGGCGCUCCACAGGCCUAUCCUUACCAAGGGCCACCUCCUCCCCCAAACCAGGCCCAGUGGAGUGGUGCUGGACAGCCCCCGGGAGGCCCUUAUAGCAACGGGAGAGGGCGCGGUGGUUACAAUGACCGCAAUGGCCCAAAGCCUCCGUUAAAUGGUCCUGUGCGACCUGGCUAUGAGCAUGAAGCCAUGCCACCAGCUAAUGGCUAUGGUCAGCCUUAUCCUCAUGACCCACGAGCAGUUCACUAUCCUCCUCCUCCUCAGUAUCCGGCAUACCCUGGCCCCCCUCUACCCCCUGGUCAUCAUCAGGACGGCUACUACGGCCACAACAACCGUCGUGGUAGAGGAGGCUUUCGUGACGGGAACACUCGAGGUCGCGGAGGUCACCAUGGAAAUGACAAGUCACGUCACCAGAAACAUGGAAACAACGACUCUGCUCAUCACAAAUCCGAAACCCCAACUUUGGGAAAGAAGAAGAAGCGCAAGACCAACACGCUCGGUCUUACCCCUGGUAUGGAUUCGGAGUCUGAAGAUGACGAAGGUGAGGAGAAGGUUUUGACGGACUUGAUCGGACAAGAAACACUCAAUGUCAAAGAUGUUGCCUCUUUCCUAGCGGAGAGAAAGAAGCAUUUCCCCACCAAGGCUCGCGUAGAAGCCAAGAAGAAUGCCGAGUUGGCACAGAAUGGCGAAGACAAGGCCUCCUCGCUAGAGAAACAAGCCGACAAACUCAGACGACAGUUGCGCAAAGUUGAGUCGUCGAUCAAGCGAAAGCGAGAACAGGGCGACGAAGGUGACGAGAUGCGAGAUCCAACAGAGGAGUCAUCAGAUGACGAGCCAGAAGUUAUGUCUACUCGUGCCCAUGUUGCUCCCCCGCCUCCUCCGCCGGCCAAGAAAGCCGACGUAUCCAAGCAUUGCAAAUAUUAUUCCACUGGUGGAACAUGCGGCAAGAAGGGCAAGUGCCGCUUCGUCCAUGAUCCUGAAGUCCGCGAAGCAGCCAUGAAGGAUCGUGAGGCCAACAAUGGACGGCUCACUAUUCAGCAACGAUUGAUUCUCAACGACAAGGAGCAAGAAGAUCUUACUGUCCUUCAGUCAAUCCAGUAUCUUCGCAAAAAGGGGCUCAUGCAGCCUGAGGAGCCUGAGGUCAAAAAGGAGACAAAGUCAGUCAAGGUUGACCUACCGGCCCAUCCGCCUCCUUCAAGCCUUCUUCCUGCUGCAUCGGCGUCACUUCCCCCUCCACCUAUCAAGCGAGAGCCUAACUUGCCUCGUCAUAACCCACCUCCGUCCAUCAUCCCUAGUGCCAACGGUAGCAGCACUCAGGGAGUCAAACCAUAUCAAGGAUGGAACCUGAGGCCUUAUGGAAGCACGGGUGGCAAGUCGUCCAAGAGCGACGAUCUUCCUUGAUCUACUUAUGUCACGGUGCUGGCCCGAUGUUGUCUUCAUCGAUAUCUGGCCUGCCAGAUUGUGGCUUGGCACCCCUUACAAGGAUAGUUGUCCUGGCCUGGAAUUCACGUUUCUCUAUAUACUGUGUAUAAGUAUAACAGCCGAUUAUAAACGUCGAGCUUGCUGUGGGUUGUCUGCACCUUUUCCACGGACCCAAACGAUGUCAGGUUGUCUGGACGGUGUUCAAGAGUAUGGCUAUAUCAGUGGUGAGCUUCACUGAAGAUUAUUUACCACAUUUGUUGGGACGUUCACGAGGUGCAUUGCUUUUGGAUUGGACUGGGAAAUGAGGCGUUAUUUAAUCAGUCAAGGGCAUUAAUGGCGUCUAAAUUUUAGACGUCUUGGGAUCGGAAAAUAUAUAUUUCAUGCUUUUGUCAUGCGCAUUGCCCAGCCAGUCUUUCUCAACAUGAACAAUUAAUCUACUC